AUGAAUGGGUCUUUUAAGAAAGUCUUCGAGAGAGGUGAUGCUUUUUUAAACCUAAAACCAAGAAGAAAUCCAUUCUGGAGAUUGGCAGGUCUUUUAAUCUGUCUAUUUACAGUAUUGGUUCAAAGAUUUAUUAUGACAUUUUUUUACAAAGUUAAACUAAAUAAUGAGGAUAGAUUCGGUAAAGCUUUAGAAAGGGCAAGAAAGGAAAAUAGAGGUAUCAUUACCAUUAUGAAUCAUAUGUCCAUGGUCGAUGAACCUGCUGUUUGGGCUGCUUUGCCUUUGAAAAAUUAUUAUUGCAUGGAUCGUGUUAGAUGGUGUUUAGGCGCUGAUAACGUUUUAUUCAGUACAAAAUUCACAGAUUUUUUCUUUUCUGCUGGUCAAGUCUUAUCAACAAAAAGAUUUGGUGGCACAAUCUUCCAAGGAAGUAUUGAUGCUGCCAUUAGAUUGUUAUCACCAGAUGAGGAUGUUCGUCAAAUGGAGAAUGAAAGUGACACUAAGAAUUAUGUUCCACCAAUCCCAAGAAAUAUGCCUGCUUGGGUCCAUGUUUAUCCAGAAGGGUUUGUAUUGCAACUACAUAAACCACAUUCAAAUUCAAUGAGAUAUUUCCACUGGGGGGUCUCGAGAUUAAUUUUGGAAUCCACGAAGCCUCCUAUUAUUUUACCUCUAUUUUCUACCGGGUUUGAAAAAUAUGCUCCUGAGCCAGAAGGUCCAACAACUUUUAAAGAUUUUUUACCUCAAAAUUUAGGUUCUGAAAUUAAUGUCACUGUAGGUAAUCCAAUUGAUGAUUCUAUUAUUGAAUCAUACAGAGAAAAAUGGCAACACUUGUGUAAUGAUAACUUACCAUUAAAUAAAAAUUCAUCUCAGCAAGAUUUAACUGAUGAAUUAAAAUAUGGGAAAUCUGCAGAAGCCUUACGUAGUGAUUUGGCUUCAUUCUUAAGAACUAAAGUCGCAGAAAUACGUCAUAAGGAUAGAGGACUCCCAUUGGAAGAUGAAAGGUUUAAGCAAGUAUCUUGGUGGGAACAUUUUACAAAGACAAAUGGGAAAUCAGCACCUGAUGUCAAAUUAAUAGGUUAUAAUUGGGCUAAUAGAAAAUUACAAUCACAUUUACCUGAUUAUGAUUAUGAUGACUCCCAACAUAUUACAGAAGAAGAACAAAAUAUAUUAAAUGGAUCUGUUCCAAUUGAUAAUUUUUCUUCAAUUAGAUUCUCAGAUGUUAGAGUUAAUUCAAAGAAAUCAAAGAAAAUCUCUAAUAAUCCAGUUACUUUACAUACAAUAUCCAAUGAUAAUAAUGCUGCUGUAUCUUCAGGGGUCUCUCAUUCGGCUACUACAACUACUACAACUACUGUAUUAACUGAAGUAGAGCAAUAG